AUGCUCUCGUCUCGCUUGUCGCUCUCGCCCGCUGUCGUCUUGCUCCUCGCUCUCGCCCGUUCGCCUGAUCCUCGCCUCGUUCCCCUGCUCUGCCAUGUCCAUGGCGUUCUUCGAUGGGUAAGGGGUCAGAUCCGAUCUGGUGGUUCCCACCUUCAAUCUCCAUCUAUUCCCUUGUUCUUCAUCCCUGAAAGUCGAUUGGGACUCGUUCUUAGCAUCCUCGAUGCAUCUCCGUCUUCUGUCCGUCGUUCUCAUCGCCAGUCGCCGCCACCUCCGGGGCUCCGGUCUCCGUUGAGGUACCGGGGGUGUGGAUCUGGUCCAUCUCAUCGUCAUUUCUGGCGCUCCGGCUCAAGAGCCGUUGAGGAACCGGAGACGACAAAGAUGGCCCGAGGCGUAGGCGACACCGAUGAAGGGGAGUUUGAUCACUCCCAGAACGAUGAGCUGCGGAUGUGUGGGUUAGCCAGGGAUGAUGAGGAGGACGAUGUCCGCGAGGACUGCGCCGAUCUAUUUGGGCGGUCUGCUGCUGAUCCCCUUCCCUGUGACCAAGAUGCGGUCCCGGUCCACGGGGAAGGGGCCGAUCCCGAUGCCGAUGGUGGCGACAGUGUUGAGGCGGAGGCAGCAGCCAUGAGAAUUAUUGUCUUUUUUAUUAUCGGAGCUGUUGAGCAAAACGAGAGGGGUUUCGCUGAUCUCUGUUUCCCGUUCCCUCCUAGAGUGACAGAUGAAUAUGAUGAUGACUGUACGCAAAGGAGUGACUUUCGUGAACGCGGAGAAAAGGCUGCGUGUGAGUCGUGCAUGGCACAACAGUCGACACUCAACAGCCCUUCCGUCCGAGGUGAUGAAGGAUGA